AUGUCCCACGUCAAAGAUGCUACAGAUCAAUUCAGAGAGCUUUCGCAAUGGUUACACCAACAGAUCAACGCUCUGCGAGACCAAGGGAACGAAAACCAUACUACCCUUCUGGAAGGCCAGGACAACAUCAAAAACGUCCUAUACCAAAUUCGAAGUUCACAGUACCAGAUUCGAGACCAACAGCGCAUCUUAGAGAGCAAGUUAGACGAUCAAGCAAACGAGAUCUCUCAGCUGCGUAUUCUGUAUGAGAAAGAGCAGUCCCGCUCGAAGCCGAAGCCUGGUACCAACGAGCGUUCCUUGAAGAGGGAAAGAACAUCUCGAAAACCGAAUCCAAAGCGUGUUCGGAGGUCGAAUCAGCAGGACCGUAUUGGAGAGGCAGAACCAAAUGGUGGAACGGAUCGACGACGAUCUUCGAGAAUAGCACAUGCGAAUGAGGGGAUAGCCAAGACGUGA